UUUGCACAUUCAGCCGAAGGAGAUGAAGGCAGAGUAUACAAGGACAGCACAUGCAGCUAGGGGAAGAGGAGGGGCAGGCUGCAGCUGAAAAUCAGGGAACAACUCAGCAUCAUCUCCCAGAGAAGGUUAAUUCUCAGAGUUAUGCUCCUUCCGGAUUUCAUGGAUAAAAAUUAUGAGAGAACUGCAUUUUUGCCUGGACUGAGUUUGCAAUCGGAGUGCCUCCCCAACGCUCUUCCUUAAGGCAGUGAGGGAUCAGGUCUCUCCAAACUUUUUACCUCAAGAUCCAGUCAGACCCGGCCCACAAAUUGUAGGCAAGGAACAAGCAGUAUAGAAAACUGAGUAACACCAAGGGACCUCAUCUUCCCGGGGAGACAACUACAUCCUUUUGCCAGCCUACGUGACAUUGUAGGCUCUGGAUCAGAAGCAGCAGCGGCAUGUAGUGGGAAGCCUCUGACUGUAGUGUUCAACUGAAAGGAGGUCUUUGCUUCUCUCUGGAGGAAGCUGUAAUCCUUGGUGUAAACUGGAUCUUCAGUCUCCAGCUCAGAGGAGGUGACGUGAACACAAUCCAUAUUCCCAGAGCAAAGAACGAAACUUAACAUUCACAAUAUUUUAUGCUUCCUUAUAUCUCUCCUGCUGUUGGCAGUAGCACUUACAAAUACAGAUGGCCGCUUCACUUGCUGAGCUCCUGACCAUUACACUGUGUGUUGACUUUGUGCUGUUCAAGUUGGUGCAGACUGAUCGGAGUGCUGUGCGAAACAUGGGGCGGAAACCUCUGCCAGCCGAGAAAGGUCUGGACCAAAUAAUCAACGUACCCGACAGCCAGCAGCAGCUACCGGAUUUGCCUGUGGACCCACGUGAUAGCUGGCUUCUGUUUGUGGAGCACUCGGAAAAGGGAGUCAAUGAAAGGAGGAAGAACAAAGGAAAAGCACGGAAAACACAGCAUGGUCUUCCGGGUCCACCAGGCCCCCCGGGACCCCAGGGGCCUCCAGGGGCUGUUGUCACACAUGAGGUGCUCCUGAAAGAAUUCAAAGAGAUGCUGAAAGAAGUGGUUGAAGAACGAAAUAGGAUUUCUUCGCAGGAAAAGUGCCAGGAAUGUCCAGGGAUUCAGGACAUUCUUGCCUAUCGUCCGCUGUUACCCAGCGAGAUGGGACAAUAUCACAGGCUGGAAGCAGCCUUCCACUGCAAGCUAAAGGACGACCUUGUGAUGGGCAGAAAAAGUCUGAAGGAGCUGCAGAACUUUCAUAUUCCUGAAAAGGAUGGCGUAUUUCUGCGAGGAAUUGGCCUGAAUCUGACCAGUGGCCAGUACGUAGCCCCAGUGGCCGGCUUUUACCAGUUCUCAGCCAACCUCCAUAUCGCACACAGAGAGCAUCAAAGAAGAAGGCACAAUAGGCCUCAAGAUGGUAUUCGAAUUCUCAUCUGCAUCGAAUCUCUAUGUCAGUACAAUGUGUCUCUGGAAACUGUCAAUGGCCUGGGUAGCAGCAGUCAUAUAUUUACUAUGUUUGUCAGUGGCACCCUCUAUUUGCAGGCCAUGCAGUAUAUCUCCAUCUUUGCUGACAACAGAUCCGGUUCCACCAUUACCAUUCAAAGUGGCUCGGACUUCACAGGAAUCUUGCUCGGCACGUAGAGCCAGCUGGUGCAUCGGGCGGUCUGCUGCUCCCUGCCCCUCUGCCUCCACCUCCCCACCUCCUGGUCUUCGAACUCUGUUACCAUCAUGACUCUCCACAUCACUGCAGCUAAGAAUUUACAGCCUCUGUGCCAAAAGCCAAGAGUAAUCGACGGGAGCGGAGCAGCAAGUCCUUAGCUUGUGUCUUCUGCCCAUAGCUCUGGGGCGUGCUGGAACAUCUCUAUUUCCAUGUAUUGUAAUGGCAAGCUGUUUCCCUCAGUGUCCAAUCUGCCAGCAACGUAGCUCCAACGGCUUUCAAAGCUCUUUUCAGGAUGUGAUUUACAUAUUAAAAAUAGGCUAGCAAUUUGUUUGUGACCAAGAUGUAUCUUUAAAAUAUGGGUCUGCAACAUUAUAUGGGUACACAUUAAUAUCUUUCUCACAGGUGUGAAAGUGCAACAAGGUGAGGUAUUUACUAAUUUAAUUACGUUAACCCUUUACUAAACUCUAAAAUGAUCUUCUUGAAGUUACUAUGCAGUGAUACUUCACUUCUACAAAUACUUCUGUUCAUUUUCUGCCUGUUCCUCCUUCCCCUUGCUGGAAUCAAGUUGCAGAUGGCAAUACAUUAUCCCCCUUGCCCUGCUUACAUUAUUAGCCCACUAAGGAUCAUCAGAGCCAAGUCUAACCCUGUGCUCAUAAAUGCCUAGACACACAGGUACACAGUGACCUGGGUUCAAUCCUGACCUCCAGUAUUGUCCAGUGUUGGCCCAUGUGGAUUCCGUCAGAUGCUCUGCUUUCUUCCCAUAUCCCAGAGAUGAGUGUUUGUUACUGCAAGUUACCCUUAGUCUAGGCUUCUGGUUGAAAAAUGGGGGAAAGUGGAGAAUUCUAUGUUUAACACAUGAUAGAGUAUGUUAUAGGGCAAUUGGUCAAGAAAUGAGGUCAAUAGGACAGCAAAGUGGGCUGAAUGGCCUCCAAAGUAAUAAGGAAACAAAUGAAAUAAAUCACCUAUGGAAAACAUGGAUAAACUUCCCUCUCCCUGCUGAGGGCAAUCAUUAUACUCCGUUUGUGGCCUAAGAUCAGUUGUGGGAAAACAAUAGAGUAAGGGAAAGUCAGAGUCAUAUCUGGGCAACCACAUCCGUUAGUGCUCAAGAAAGGAGAAAGCAUGGAGGAAUUUGAUCAGAGAAUCAUGCACUGGCACUGCAUGCCCUACUCGAGAGCCGUGAACUGCGUCACCACUCCUGUACCUGGUCAAGAGAAGGAUGUUGGUAAACCACAGGUAAUCUCGCUGGCCAAUGCAUUGUAUCAGUUAAAGUGCCUGGGGGCUUUCUUUUGCAUAGCUUGGUUUAACAAUUAGGAGUGGGAUUGUAAAUAGAUUUCAGUGGAAAUGGGGGCUGUGAGUGGGGGUAGGCAACUGCAGAUCAAUCAUGUGAUCCUAAACCAAAUCCAACUGUGGACAGAGAACUCAACAAUCCAGCCGAUUAAAAGAAGGCCGUUCUGCUCGCUGUAGUGAUUUCAGAUCCUGUUGUCUGCUAAUGAAUUUGUUUGCUUCCAUUUUGAGGUAUUGAUGAGCAUCAGUGAUUCUGCAAACUGAUUGACUGACACGCACAUAAUGUUUUAAACUGCUUUAUUCUGUAGAGUCCAAAAAAUAUUAAUAAAUAUUAUUCUGUAAGGUAAGGCCUAUGUAACACACAUAAGACCAUCUUCUCAGUUGACAUUUCAAACUGUUAACUAAAUGUAACUUCUUACCCUUGGAACUAAGAUAGCUGGGGUUAGUUACAUCAGAGGCUCUCCAUUGUCCUGAAUCACUCCUAGAUUGGCCUAACAAGUCACUUAGAUGAAACAAAAGAAAUGUAUCCUUCAGAACUGACAGACACCAGGGGGCAGGAAAGGCUUCAGAGGCUGGAAUCUGGAGCAACAAACAAAAUGCUGGAGGAACUCUGGGUCAGACAGGAUCUGUGGAGCAAAAUGGGCAGUUGAUCACUUGGGUCAAAACUCUUCACAUAUCAAGGUGAAGGGUCUUCACCCAAACAUCCACUGUCCAUUUCCCUCCACAGAUGCCUCCUGACCCACUGAGCUCCUCGAGCAGCUUCUUUGUUGUUCUGACAGACAACAAAGCCACGAUUCAGCCACAAGAGUGCCACACAGACCAAUCGACCUUGUAAGCCCCUCCGCACAAACAUCAAGGACAUGUCUAAACUGAAAGAGAUGUUACUGAGACUAAUCUUCGAACUGCUGGAAUAAAAUUUACAGUAUCUGAUAAUUUCCCAGAUUCUUCAAUCACAAUUCCCUGGGUGUGUCCUGCCCCCAACAAGAAUGCCUGUGCAGGAGGGUAAGAUGCUGGGCAAACAUAAACAUCUGCUCCAACUUUCAUGACCAAGAACAGCUAGUUGCCACCAGCUAAUCCCCUUCAGCUAAUGAAUCCAUCUUCCUCUAAGUUGAACAACCCUUGGUAAAAGCGUUGCUAGCAGCAAGAACGCAGAAAGUACUGAUGUCCACCACCAAGAGCAGCAAUAUGCAAACUCAAUCAUCACUUUAUUAGUUACCUCCUCUACCUAAUAAAGUGGCCACUGAGUAUAUGUUCGAGCUCUUCUGAUGCUGUAGCACAUCCACUUCAAGGUCCGAUGUGUUGUGCGUUCAGAGCUGCUCUUCUGCACACCACUAUUGUAACGUGUGGUUAAUUGGUUACUGUCACCUUCCUGUCAGCUUGAACUAGUCUGGCCAUUUUCCGUUAACCUCUCUCAUUAACAAGGCAUUUAUGCCCACAGAACUACCACUCACUGGAUUUUUUUUUUGUUUUGUUUUUCAUACCCUUCUCUGUAAACUCUAAAGAUUGUUUUUGUGAAAAUCCCAGGAGAUCAACAGUUUCUGAGAUACUCAAACCAUCCCAUCUGGCACCAACUAUCAUUCCAUGGUCAAAGUCACUUAGAUUACAUUGCUUCCCCAAUCUGAUGUUUGGUCUGAACCUCUUGACCAUGUCUGCAUGCUUUUAUACAUUAAGUUGCUGCCACUUGAUUGGCUGAUUAGAUAUUUGCAUUAACCAGCAGGUGUACAGGUGUAGCUAAUAAAGUGGCCAUUGAGUGUGGUUGCACUACAAACUGAACUAGCCAAGUUCUGAAGAAAAUAACUGGCAGACUGUGUCUACAGGUGGUAAGUGAAACAGCAAAGCAGAUAAACCUGCUUGAACUAAUCAAAAGACACACAAGAAAUUAGGAGCAGAAUGACAUUAGCUGGCUCCCAAAUCCUACUCACCCAUUUCAAAAUGAUUACAGUUGAUCAGCUCCAUCCCUCAUUUCCUUUCUUGAUCCAGUUCCACAUAGCCCUCAAUUCCCUGAUCCUUCAAAAAAUGUGUGUGCUUCAUUAAAUGGUAAUCUUGCCUCCACAGCACUCCAACAGAGAGAAUUCCUGAAAUUUGCUGCCAUUUGCAAAAGAAAUUCUUACACAAUUGAAUUUAAGUGACCACCCCCACCCCGCCCCACCAGCCUAUGUGCUUUUGCUGUUUCUAUUUGUGUCAGUAUUGGUAGGAGCGAUCAACGUGCAGUCAAAUUCUUGUUUUAAUUUUAUUAUGUUGUGUGGAGUUACUGUCAUACUAAGUUGGAAUAGAACCAGAACAUGUCUAACAGCUCAAAGCUGGACUUCCAGAAGAACAAUUACAUUCCUACCACUACUGUAUCUGGAUUGGUAAUGGUUUAUUAUUGUCACAUGUACUAAGAAAAACUUGUGCAAACAUCCACAACAUGUCUAAACUGAGAGAGAUGUUACUGAGACAAAAAAAAAAUCAGACUGUUGGAGUAGAAAUGACGGAAUCUGAUCAUUUUCUAGAUUCUUCCAUCACAGUCCCCAGGGUGUUUCCUACCCCCAGCAGGCCUAUCCUACCAGAGUGCCCUCACAGGAGGGUAACAGGCCAUGAAAAGAUACAGUAAAAAGCUUGUCAUACAGAUCAAAUCAUUCCAUAGUGCAUUGAGGUAGAACAAAGUAAAAGAAUAACAGUGCAGGUCAACGAUAAAUUGCAAGAUUACUCAGGGUAACUGUAAGCUCAGGAGUCGAUAACAGUGGGAUAGAAGCUGUCCUUGAGCUUGGUGGUACAUGCUUUCAGGCUUUUGUCUCUGCUGCCCAGUGAGAGAGGGGAGAAGAGAGAAGGUCUGGGAAUGUCUGGGUGGUUUCUUGGCAUUUCACCACUCUACCAUUCAUGUAAGGCUCAGGAAUCAGCAUCAUUCAAUAUACAGUACAGAAAGGCAUGUUGGAAAGAUACUAUGUGAACUAAAAAUGAAGUAUGAACAUACUGUAAUGAAACUGCAAUGAAGAUAAUAAACAAUAAAUCAAUAUGUGAAAGGCAGAGCAGAGUGAUGCUCCAACCAACAGAUCAGAUGAAAAUAGUCCAUCCUCAUGCAGUAAUAAGUGGUGAUGUACUAUUAAACAGAUGCAAGAGGAGACUUUAAACCAUCCCCAUCUUCACUGAUGGCAGAGAAUGCUAACAGUAAAGCUUUCUCCCGAGGUCUACAGCAAAACAGAAGUAGCAUUCAAACAAUUUUCUCUUCACCCAGUAUGAUACAAAGAAACAGUUCUGAGCAGUGGAUACGUCAAGAUUCAUGGGAUCACAUAUUCCAGUUGCAAUGUUGUUUUACUUGCUCCAGAGUAUUGCUAUCCCAGUACAGUUACAAUAUUGACAUCUACUCAACAAUGAAGAGAAUUGUUCUGUCCACAAGAACUGAAAAAAAAAUAAUCCAUCUGAUCUACACUCAUCAAUAUGCUUUCAACCACCAGUAAAUGGAUGGACCAAAAAUAGGCCCAAGUAAGCAUGAUUUCCUUAAGGGGAAAAUUUGCUUGACAAAUCUGUUGGAAUCCUUUGAAGAAUUAACAGGCAAGAUAGACAAAGGAGAGUAGGUGGAUGUUGUUUACUUGGAUUUUUAGAAGGCCUUUGAGGAAGUGCCACGUGAGGCUACUAAACAAAAUAAGAGCCCGUGGCAUUACAGGAGAGAUACGACCAUUGACAGAAGACUGGCUGCUUUGCAGGAGGCAAAGAGUGGGAACAAAGGGGGCCUUUUCUGGUUGGCUGCCAAUGACAAGUGGUGUUCUGCAGGGAUCAGUGUUGGGAUCACUUCUUCAUAUGUUUUAAGUCAAUGACUUGGAUAACAGAGUUCAUCAAAGUUGCUGGUGAACGCAGCAGGUUAGGCAGCAUCUCUAGGAAGAGGUACAGUCAACGCUUCGGGCUGAGAC